CAUCGUAACACGCAUUAGCCGUUGCGUCGUUGUAGUGAACGAAUGAUAUGGUAUGUUAUUUUUUGAUUAACAAAAUAAAAUAAGCAAAAAGCAAGACAGAGUAACAACAUUGCAAUUCUAACUGUUAAUCAGUGCGUGUUACACUUGCGUGGAAACACAACCUCAAAACGUACAUAACCAAAAAUAUAGCAAUCGAAGACUUAUAACGCCUUGAAAUACGUAUGUUCUAUAUUUGUGUGCUCUUGUGUAAUCGUGUUUAUCUGUUGUGGCGGUAAAAGUGACCAUUCCGCUUUAACAGUGAUUAUACAAAUUUCUGCAGAGUUUAAAAUAAUCUUAUUAAAAAUACAAAAAGUGGUAUGAAAUACCGUGACGAAUACGAAUCAAACAAUCGACAGGAGCUAUACAGCGAAGAAAGAGAAAAGGAAUAGAAGAAAAAGAAGCACAAGGGUCGUCAAGAUCUUUUUAGCGCGAAGCACACAGCCUGACUGUCAUACCGAUAAUUAUCAUUGAAGAACUGAUCUCAGUGCUUUUAUCCCCCGCAUUGCGGCAGUAUGAAAUAACAAGAGGCUUCAUUUGAUCGACAAAAUCGACUACGGUAGUAGAGGCGGCGACCGCCUGAUUUGUAGCGUCCGUACUCAGUCCUCAGUGUAGGCUAGUCGGACGCUUGGUAGUCGUUGUCUGAAUAAUUUCUCGACGCUCGUUUUCUUGGUAAAUUUUUUUUCUGAAAAGACAUUUCGUUAUUGGAAAGACUUUUGAAUUAGUGUUAUUUUCGGAUCGCUAUAUCAGUGUGAAGAUACAACUAUAUUCUCAAGGGUGUUUCCGGGAGAGGUUAUCUUGGGAUAAACAAACUGCAAAAGAAAGAGAAAUUUAUUGUGUUCCCCCUUCUCUCUUCAACGAUAACGAUUACGAAAACACAGAUUAAAAAUUAACGAAGAAGCUGAAGGAUCAAAAAUAUCAACGAAAUUCAAAUAAUUUUGACAAAGAGGAAUAUUCGAUACGACGUACAAACAUGGCGGUAAACAUGUAUAUGCAACAGAAUUGUACAGACUCAACUGGAUUUCUAUAUGACAUGAUUACAAAGGAAAUAUGGACGCCAUGGGAAGUCGCGGCGGAAUAUUUCGAUUAUGCACCAUGGCUCUUUUCUUUACUUGGAAGUACCAUGAUUGGACUGACUGGUAUCUUCCCAUUAUUGGUCAUCCCCAUUGAAGAAGGUGCUGAUUUAAAAUCUGGAGAUAGCGCUGAUAAGCUGAAGAUAUUGCUGAGCUUCGCCGUCGGUGGUCUUCUGGGAGAUGUCUUCUUACAUCUGUUACCGGAAGCAUGGGCAAACAGCUCUUUGAACAGAGGAAAGGAUGCUGGACAUCCAUCGAUGACUUGCGGUUUAUGGGUCCUAGGAGGCUUUUUGGUGUUCGUUAUAGUGGAGAAGCUAUUUACGUUUGAACAGGAGACUGAAAAUGAGGAUGACUCAACGAGCAAUGCAGAAGUAUGCGAGAAAGUCGACAUCGAGGCUGAAAAAGAGAUGGAGAAUAACAAUUGUAUCAAUUUGAUCGGGAAUAAUCCGAAGAAUGGUUUGACAAAGAAGAAUUCUAAUGAUUUCCCGAAAAUCAUUAAUGAGUUAGAACCCUUUUUGGAAGAGAAGAAUGGAUACUCUCAAUUGCCAAAUGGUUUCAAAGUAAUACACAAAAAUGGUUUUGUCGCCAACGGUGUUAAGCCGAUAUUAAUAUGUAAUGAAUUAUCGAAUACAUUAAAAGGCUUGCCACUGGAUGAGGCAAAAGAUUGUCUGAAGAAACUAGUGAAAACUAAUGGUUUUUCGACUGAACUAACAAAAGAUCGUUUGAAGAAAGAUAACGUAGAAAAUACCUCCAGUAAUAAAAAAGUUACUGCAAAGGAAAAGCCCAGACAUAUAACUGGCUAUCUUAAUCUAAUGGCCAAUAUUAUAGACAACUUCACUCAUGGAUUGGCUGUAGGUGGUUCUUUCCUUGUGUCCUUCCGUCUGGGAGUCCUUACAACGUUUGCUAUACUCAUACACGAGAUUCCUCACGAAGUCGGCGAUUUUGCGAUUUUACUACGCAGCGGAUUCAACAGAUGGGAUGCUGCGCGGGCGCAGCUUCUCACUGCUAGUGGUGGCAUUUUUGGAGCCAUGACCGCGGUAUUCUUUUCCAGCGGCGUAAUGGGGGCAAAAACUAGUUGGAUUUUACCCUUCACCGCAGGUGGUUUCCUUCAUAUUGGUAUGGUGACCAUUCUACCUGAGCUCCUUAAGGAAACUAGUUUCAAAGAAUCUUUGAAACAACUAGUCGCGUUGAUCUUCGGUGUUAUCAUGAUGGCAGUUUUAACAAUUCUUUGUGACUGAAAUGAUUACUUCGGUUUGCAAUAGUGUUAGGUUCUCAACCUGUCGAUAUAUAUCGAUACCUAUUGGGUGCACGUUUUUUUUGUAUUAACGUCUCUUGAUACGUGUCGGAACAAGUAAUUCGAGUUUGCCAUAAGAAGUUCUACUGCGUAAUACUUGUUGCUCAAUAAUGGUGCAUCUACACCGAAAGAUGGCGAAAAAGAGAAACGAUGGUUAAUGACUGACCAAAUUCUUGUAUAAAUUACGCAACUUUUGUACUGAGUUUAGUUUAAAAUAGAGGGUUCUAUAGUUAUCUGUAUAUUUGAAAUGGCUAAUAGUUUAAUACACUACCUAAUUGUUUUUAAAUUUUUGUAGUCGUUCUUAAACAGUUUAGUUUCAGUUUUCACUUCGGUAAUCUACACCAUCGAAUGACGAUCUCCUUUUACGGUAGAUAAUGUUCUUCGUGAGAUGAAGAAAAGGGGCUAUUUGUAUAAAUUACUUACAUAUUUUUCGAUCGUUUAUUGAGGAUCGUAUUAUUGGCAAUUCGGUAUUAACAGCUUAUUGUUAUUAUAUUAGAGAAUACUGUUAUAAACCUGGAAUAGUUUAUACAUAAAUAUACAUAUGUUCCUCCAUAAACAGUCGAAAGCAUGUUGCAUGAAACGUCAUUCCGUUUCUAUGAUACCGACUUACUUUGCACUUAAACUUUGUUAUCUAGGCGUUACCAGUAUUGACGUGUGAUUUUCACGUGGUAAAACAAAUCAUUCUGUACAUAAUAUUUAUGCUUCCUUGUUUACUGUUAAAAAAAAAGAACCUUGAAACUAAAAAAAAUUUUGUAAAUUACGCACAGAAAAAUAAGUGUUUUUGGAUAAUACAUGUAUCGUUUUAUUCGAUGCGUGCAUUCCGACAAUGUAUAUUUUAAGUUCCUACAGUGUAUUAUAAAUAAUAUAUCGAACUCUUAACUACCUUAUUAUGAAAAUAACAAAAAAUAUAUUCC